AUGAGCAGUCUCUCAUCCAUUGCAUCCAUCACCGAUACUGAGAAGCGUGUUGCCGAGUAUCAAAAGUACAUCAAGGAAAAGGUCAGCAAGGGUGAUAAACAAGGCUUGAUUGACUUGGUAAAGCAUAUUUCUGACAGCAAUAUUCCAACCAUUGUCAGUAGACAAGCAAUGGAUGCCUAUGCCAAUGAAAUUUCUACAAUUGAAGAUCCAAAGUUAAGAAUGAAGAUUGCUGAAGAGACUAUUGAACUCAUUAGACCAUUGGCAAACUCUACAUUCUUUGAUGCUAACAUUACCAUCAGAAAACAACUUUCAAGAGAUAUCAGAGAGGUCAAUCAAGAUUUUGUGAAAGCAGCACAACAACUUACACCCAUUGAUUUUGACGCUGUUUUACAAAAUGACACAAAUGCUGGUGUAGCUUUGAGUUUGGAAGUUGCUCAACUUUAUUUGGGAGCUGGUGAAAGUGCCUACGCUGAAACUUUUAUCAACAAGGUUGCUCAUUAUGUCGAUGAAGUUAGUGAUCGCAACUUGCAAGUCAUGCACAGUUUUUGCUUUGCAACACUUUCCGAUUUGAAGAGAGACUUUUUGACCGCAGCUCGUCGUUACUAUAAAACAAGUAGCUUGGUCAUUGAAGAUGAGCAAUUGGCUGUAUUGAACAAUGCUGCUGUUUGUGCAAUUUUGGCAAAGGCCGGACCAGAUCGUUCUCGUGUUUUAGCAACACUUUUCAGAGAUGAACGUUGUGCUCAUUUGGAAUUAUUUUCUGCUUUGGAAAAGAUGUUUUUGGGUAGAAUUCUUCGCCCUCACGAAGUUAAAGCUAUUGAAAAGCACUUGAAAGAGCACCAUAAGGCUACUGAUGCUCAAGGAAAGACCACCCUCGAAAGCUCCAUUAUUGAACAUAAUUUAUUAGCUGCAAGCAAAAUCUAUAACAACAUCACAUUCGAUGAAUUGGGAACAUUGCUCAGAAUUUCUGCUGCUGAAGCUGAAAAGAUUGCUUCCAAGAUGAUUUCUGAAGAACGUAUGCCUGGAUCAAUUGAUCAAAUUGAUAACAUUAUCUACUUUGAAAGCGGAUCAGAGAACUUGCAAGUUUGGGAUUCCACCAUUAGAUCAACACUUCAAUCUAUUUCCAAUGUGACAGACUCUAUUUUGAAAGGCAUCAAUGCAUAA